AUGGAACUGGGCAGACACCGUAAGGAACAUAAGCUCGAUCUUCUUCCCUGCCUCCGCUUUCUUGAUUGGACGAGUAUCCACCUUUCAGUCCUCCAUCGAUUCCUGUUUAUAGGGGAUAAAUCAUGCGAUCCUCAAGCCAACAUAUUCAAAGACUUCCCCUCCCCUUUGCCUAUCUCUCUUGCUGCUCUACUUCGAUGGGUCUAUUACCAACCUGAUUUCCAAGUAAGUCGAGAGCAGGUAGUCAACUUCGUGCUUCAAAAAGAGAGCACUGAACUUAACCUAGCCCAUAAAGGAUGCAUUGAUACAAUUGAUACGGAAAUGAGAGAAAUUGAUUGCGCGAGAUCAAGUCAAGUGAUUCAAUUCGGGAUUUUACUUUUAGUCAAUCAAAGCCCCAAGACUUCGAUCACCUAUAGCCUAUCGUACUGGCUAUACCUAUUACUAAUACCAAGAAGCAUCUAUAGUCUAUCCUCCAAGUGUGCUCUUCUCAAACGUAGGAUUACCAAGUUUUCAUGCCAGAUCAAGAAGAGGAGAGAUGGAAUCUACUGCCAGAGGGCACCACAAGACAGGAUCCAGUCAGCAAUCCAGGUUGAGUAG